UCCUCAGCAGGAGCCGAAACCCAAAGCCAAAAAUCAAAAACAAAAAACACAUGGACAGAUAUAGAUCACAAUUUAUCAACACAUCACACACUCUCACACAGACGCACUCCGCAGCCACAACACAACAACUCCCUAGCCCCAUUUCCAUCUAAAAUCAAUAAGAGAGACAAAAUAGAAAACGAUAAACGAAACGAUUUCUUUUUUUAAAGAUUAUUCAAUUCAACUCUCGCAUUCUCAGCUUCUCGAAGCUUGGUACGCCAAGAUUAAACAAGUUUAGGAGCAAUGGAGUCGACGGAGUCGUCCUACGUGUCGUCGCCGGAGGAGAUGGCGAGGAAGCGAACUCCGCCACCGCCGAAGUCUCUGCCUACAGACCCUGCAGAGAAGCCAACAUAUAUUAGGUUUCUUGUGUCAAAUCCCUUAGCUGGUGCUGUCAUAGGAAAAGGUGGCUCUACAAUUACAGAUUUCCAGUCACAAUCUCAGGCAAAAAUUCAGUUGUCACGCGGUCAUGAAUUUUUUCCUGGAACAACUGAUAGGAUUAUUAUGAUUUCUGGGACAAUUGAUGAAACUCUCAAGGCUGUGGAACUCAUUCUUGAAAAAUUGCUGAGUGAGAUUCAUGCUGAAGAUGGUUAUGAUGCUGGACCAAGUACAAAAGUGAGACUAAUCGUUCCAAAUAGCUCUUGUGGUGGCAUAAUUGGCAAGGGAGGGGCCAUUAUAAAGUCAUUUAUUGAGGAAUCCCAAGCUAACAUUAAAAUAUCUCCUCUGGAUCAUAAUUAUUAUGGGCUGAAUGAUAGGUUAGUGACCCUAACCGGUCAUCUUGACGAGCAAUUGCGGGCAAUUGAUAUGAUUCUGUCUAAGCUAAUGGAAGACACUCAUUAUAAACAGACUAUGAGUGUCCCUUUUACAUAUGCAGGCAUUUUGUUCUCUGGUUUUCAUGGUAUGCCGUAUGGCCAUGUGCCUCCUGUUGCACCAAUGGCACAGAAUGCAGUAACCUAUGGAACGAAUGUAGUUGGAAGAAGGAUCCAAAGUAACAAGGAGGAUCAAAGUAACUCAAAGACAAUUGGUGUGGCGGAUGAGCAUAUCGGUUUGGUUGUUGGUCGUGGUGGAAGAAAUAUAAUGGAAAUUAGUCAGGUCAGUGGGGCCAAGAUAAAAGUAUCAGACAGAGGAGAUUUCAUGUCUGGAACAACUGAUAGGAAAGUCACUAUCUCAGGGUCACAGAGAUCAAUCCGUGCAGCUGAGUCCAUGAUAAUGCAGAAGGUAGCAUAUGCUUCUGAGAGGUUGAUGGAUUAAUUUUCAUGUGUCUCAACCUAUUCUUCUUGGGAAUCUUUUGUUGGACCUCCUUUUGACUGACAUGCCUAAUGAUCUAAAAACAUGUUAGUAUGUUUUCUCACAAAACGAGUUCGUGAGAAACCUCAAAAUCAGUGAUCAGAAUAAAAAGAAAGAAGAACGGGAUUUUUUUCUUUUAAUUGAGGCAGAGCUUCAUAUAGGGAUUCUUCUUAAUAUACACAGCUAUAUAUCUCAGUAUAAUGAACUUUCUUCGUGUAGGCUAUCAUCACUUUCAUGAUAUUAGAGAGAUAGCUUCAUUUGUUUCUUAUUCAGUUGUAAGUUUUAAACUUAGCUAGUGUUGAUUCCAUGUUUUUGUAGGAUCCUAUGCUUUAGACUAAACCCAAGGCUUUUGUUGUUAAAUGUUGUCUCUCCUGCAGAUGACUUGAUAUCAUUAGCUUACUCAA